AGGGCGGCUUCCGGGAUUUGGCGGGGCCUUUGUCUCUCGCUGCAGCUGGAGCGAUUGGUCUCGUCUUCCCUGCUUUGUGUCCCCUGCUCCUAGAGGCCCAGCCUCUGUGGCCCUGUGACCUGCAAGCAUUGGGAGAUCCACAGCUAAGACGCCAGGGCCUCCCCUGGAAGCUUAGAAAUGGGACCAUUGACAUUUAUGGAUGUGGCCAUAGAAUUCUCUGUGGAGGAGUGGCAAUGCCUGGACACUGCACAGCAGAAUUUAUAUAGGAAUGUGAUGUUAGAGAACUACAGAAACCUGGUCUUCCUGGGUAUUGCUGUCUCUAAGCCAGACCUGAUCACCUGUCUGGAGCAAGGCAAAGAGCCCUGGAAUAUGGAGAGACAUGAGAUGGUGGCCAAACACCCAGGUAUGUGUUGUUAUUUUGCCCAAGACCUUUGGCCAGAGCAGAGCAUAAAAGCUUCUUUGCAAAGAAUAAUACUGAGAAAAUAUGAAGAAUGUGGACAUCACAAUUUACAGUUAAAAAAAGGCUAUAAAAGUGUGGAUGAGUAUAAGGUGCACAAAGGAAGUUAUAAUGGAUUUAACCAGUGUUUGACAACUACCCAGAGCAAAAUACUUCAAUGUGAUAAAUAUGUGAAAGACUUUCAUAAAUUUUCAAAUUCAAAUAGACAUAAGACUGAAAAGAAUCCUUUCAAAUGUAAAGAAUGUGGCAAGUCAUUUUGUGUUCUUUCACACCUAACUCAACAUAAAAGAAUUCACACUACUGUCAAUUCCUACAAACUUGAAGAAUGUGGCAAGGCCUUUAAUGUGUCCUCAACCCUUUCUCAACAUAAGAGAAUUCAUACAGGACAAAAACACUACAAAUGGGAAGAAUGUGGCAUAGCCUUUAACAAGUCCUCACACCUUAACACACAUAAGAUAAUUCAUACUGGACAGAAAUCCUACAAACGUGAAGAAUGUGGAAAAGCUUUUAACAUAUCCUCACACCUUACUACACAUAAGAUAAUUCAUACUGGAGAGAAUGCCUACAAAUGUAAAGAAUGUGGCAAAGCUUUUAACCAAUCGUCAACCCUUACUAGACAUAAGAUAAUUCAUGCUGGAGAGAAGCCCUACAUGUGUGAACAUUGUGGCAGAGCUUUUAACCAAUCCUCGAACCUUACUAAACAUAAGAGAAUUCAUACUGGUGAUAAACCUUAUAAAUGUGAAGAAUGUGGCAAAGCCUUUAAUGUGUCCUCAACCCUUACUCAACAUAAGAGAAUUCAUACUGGAGAGAAACCUUACAAAUGUGAAGAGUGUGGCAAAGCCUUUAACGUGUCCUCAACUCUUACUCAACAUAAGAGAAUUCAUACUGGAGAAAAACCAUACAAAUGUGAAGAAUGUGGCAAAGCCUUUAACACAUCCUCACACCUCACCACACAUAAAAGAAUUCAUACCGGAGAGAAACCCUACAAAUGUGAAGAAUGUGGCAAAGCCUUUAACCAGUUCUCACAACUUACUACACAUAAGAUAAUUCAUACUGGAGAGAAACCCUACAAAUGUAAAGAAUGUGGCAAAGCUUUUAAGCGGUCCUCAAACCUUACUGAACAUAGGAUAAUUCAUACUGGAGAGAAACCCUACAAAUGUGAAGAAUGUGGCAAAGCUUUUAACCUAUCCUCACACCUUACAACACAUAAGAAAAUUCAUACUGGAGAGAAACCCUACAAAUGUAAAGAAUGUGGCAAAGCUUUUAACCAAUCCUCGACACUUGCUAGACAUAAGAUAAUUCAUGCUGGAGAGAAACCCUACAAAUGUGAAGAAUGUGGCAAAGCUUUUUACCAAUACUCAAACCUUACUCAACAUAAGAUAAUUCAUACUGGAGAGAAACCCUACAAAUGUGAAGAGUGUGGCAAAGCCUUUAAUUGGUCCUCAACUCUGACUAAACAUAAGGUAAUUCAUACUGGAGAGAAACCCUACAAAUGUAAAGAAUGUGGCAAAGCUUUUAACCAAUGCUCAAACCUUACUACACACAAGAAAAUUCAUGCUGUAGAAAAAUCUGACAAAUAAGAAAAAUGGACCAGGCGCGGUGGCUCACACCUGUAAUCCCAGCACUUUGGGAGGCCAAGGCGGGUGGAUCACAAGAUCAAGAGAUUGAGACCAUCCUGGCCAACGAAGAGAAUUACUGGAGAGAAACCGUACAAACCUGAAAGAUAUAACAGUGCAGUUGACAACACCUCAACAUUUCUAAACACCUUUAAAUGGUUGUCAUACUUGAUUGUAGGUAAAAUAUACUAGAGGAAACCUCUACAAGUGUGAAGAAUGUGGCAAAACUUUUAACCAAUGCUGACACUUUAUUGGACAGGAAAUGAUGUAUACUUGAGAAAAAUUAUGCAAAUGUAAAGAAUGUGAAGAAGCCAUUAAUAUCUGUUCACAUCUUAUUCAAUAUCAGUUCAUACUUAAUAGAAGCAUUAAAAAUGAAAUUACUGUCAAUAGAUUUUUCAGAAAAUAUAAGCCUUUAAAGUGAAGAAGAGUAUUUAUUUUGAAGACAAGCAUUAAAAUAUCAAGAGUGUCAGCUGGGCAUGGUGGCUCAGGCCUGUAAUUUCAGCACUUUGGAGGCCAAGGCGGGUGGUUCACUUGAGGUCAGAAGUUCAAGACCAGCCUGGCCAACAUGGUGAAACUCCAUCUCUACUCAAAAUACAAAAAUUAUGGGGUGUGGUGGUGCAUGACUAAUCCCAGCUACUCGGUGGUUGAGACAGGAGAAUCGCUUGAACCUGGGAGGCAGAGGUUGCAGUGAGCUGAGUUUGUGCCACCACACUCCAGCCUGGACACUCCAGCUGCACUCCAUCUCAAAAAAAAAAAACCUAAUAUGAAGAGUGUUGUGGUACCAUUACUUGUAUUACAGAUCUUAUUUUACACAUUUUGUACUAGAGGAAAACCCUGAAGUAGUUGCUCCAGCUUUCUUCAACAUCAGAUAAUUUAUCUUGAAGAAAAUCGCUGCAAAGGUAAUAAAUUUGGAAAAACAUUUUUUUACAAACUACAGCCUAGGAAACACCAGAGAGUUCAUAGUAAAAUAUGUUUUUGCAGAUGCAGUAAUAUAAAAAAUUAGUUAUUUGAAAAAAUUAAGUCUGUAAAUGUCAGUUCAGAGUAGAUAUAUCUAAGGAACUGACACUUCAGACAGUACACUAAAUCAGAGGGCUGAGUUUAGAAAAUAAUUCAGAACUGAAGUUUGUACAUAAACAUUUUUUAUAUAACUUUAAAAAGUGUAUAAGAUAUUUUGGAGAGUUAUUACAUUCAAAUUACAUUUUUUUUUUUUUUUUUUUUUUUGAGAUGGAGUCUUGUUCCCAUCGUGCAGGAUGGAGUGCAGUGGUGCUAUCUCGGCUCACUGCAACCUCCACCUCCCAGGUUCAGGUGAUUCUCCUGCCUCAGCCUUCUGAGUAGCUGGGAUUACAGGCGUGCACCACCAUGCCUUGCUAAUUUUUAGUAUUUUUAGUAGAGACAGGGUUUCACCAUGUUGGCCAGGCUUUACUUUUGUUUUUUGUUUUUUUUUUUUUUUUUAGACAAUGUCUUGCUCUGUCACCCAGGUUGGAGUGCAGCCUCCGCCUCCCAGUUCAAGUGACUCUCCUGCUUCAGCCUCCCAAGUAGCUGGGAUGACAGGCAUGAGCUACCAUGCCUGGCUAAUUUUUGUAUUUUUAGUAGAGAUGGGGUCUUGGCCAUUGGGCAGGUUGUCUUGAACCCCUGACCUCAGGUGAUCCACCUGCCUCAGCCUCCCAAAGUGCUGGGAUUACAGGCGUGAGCCACUGUGUCCACCAAAGUAUACUUUUUUCUUGAAAAAAUUUUAUAGACUUUUUAAAUACGUGAAUAAUGAUGUAAUUCAACUCUCAAAUUCAUGCUGUUUCUUUAUUCCUAUUGUAUUCACAUGUGAAAGUAUGUGAUGAAUUGUUCCUGCAUGAAAGAUAUGAGAGAUUCUUUUUUAUUAGGUGGGCGUUAUAUAUUCUCUCUUCUAUGAAAGAGUAAAGACAUUAAAAUGUAAGAUGUAUGAUGAAAAUCUAAGUAGGGAUGCUCUUUGUGAUUAACUUAUAAUAUUGAGCAAUGCAUGAAGUAGGUGUUCAGUUUAAUACUCUAUGAGAGAAAAAUAUUUUUAAUUUUAGUUAAAAUUUAAUAGUGUAUUAUUUUACUAAUUGUACUUUUAUGUGAUACAAUCCAGUACAUUUUAAAACUUUGAAAUUAUGUGUAGACUUAACUUUUUAAUUUAACAUUUUUAACACGUUAAAUACUAUUGUGCAUUCAAUGAAGCGUUAUUUUGCCACUAACCUUAACCCAUUCCACCUUGGAGUGUAGGUAAAAGAUGGUAACAAUAUAUUAUUUGUUAACAUAAUAAAGUAGUAUUUGUAGUAAUCUUUUUUGCUAGUGGCUUUAAACUGCAAAGAAGUUAAAGAAUGUUGUUCCUGUAUGUUAAGUUUUUAUUUUUUCUUUCUCAUUUAAAUUUACUUAAUAUUUUUGGGUACAUAGUAUGUGUAUAUAUUUAAACCACAUAUGGCAUAUUUUGAUACAUACAUACAAUAUGUAAUAAUCACCUCAUGGUAAAUUAGGUAUCUAUCACCUCUAGCAUUUAUCCUUUGUAUUACAGAAAAUUUAAUUUUACACUUUUUUGUUAGUUUAAAAUGUACAACUGAACUGUUACUGACGGCCGGACACCGUGGCUCAUGCCAGUAAUCCUAGCACUUUGGGAGGCUGAGACAGGUGGAUCACCUGAGGUCAGGAGUUCAAGACCAGCGUUGCCAACAUGUUGAAACCGUGUCUGUACUAUAAAUAGAAAAGUUAGCCAGGCACGGUGGUGAGUGCCUGUAAUCCCAGUUACUCAGGAGUCUGAGGCAGGAGAAUCUCUUGAACUUGGGAGGUGGAGGUUGUGGUGAGCUGAGAUCGUGCCACUGCACUCCAGCCUGGGUGGCAGAGCGAGACUUUGUCUCAAAAUGAAUAAAUAAAUAGACAUUGACUACAGGGUAAUUUCUAUGAUUAUAUUAUUUAGAAGUAUGAAUAAAAUGCAUACAUUUGUGAGUCUUGAAUACGUAUUUUAAUAAAUUUCUUAUAUAUUUUUAUUUGAACAUGUGGCCUCUCUGCCUGCAAACACAAAGACUUUUAAUUUUGAUUUACAUAAAGUUAAAAAUAUGCGUGUAUUACUCUAAACCUUAGGAAAGAAAAUUAUGGAGUGAGUGUGUUUGUAUGAGCAUGAGUUUGUACCUAUUUUCAGAAGAAUAGAGCAAUAUUGGAACAAAUCAUUUUAAUAAGGUGAUUAAUUUGCUAGCUAGUAAAAACCUCAAAAAUGCUGAAAGCAAAUUUAUGCUCUCAGCUUUGUAUUAAAUUCAUUACUGUAAAACCUUAUGGCUUAUGGUUCAGAAUCUCGCCAUACAAACUCUUUGCCUGGCACUCAUGCCAGACCUAUAAUUUUCUUGUUAUAAUUUUUUGUUUUAUAGUUUAUGAAGUAUCCAUUACAUGAGUUGGUCAUGAUUAUAAGAAUGUUUUUUAUAAAAUUCAGUAGUGCACAUAAUUUUUAGAAGUAAUUCCAUAAUUAAUGUAGUUAUAUUUUAUUUAGAACAUUCCAUUUUGUUCUUUUAGUUGCAGAUGCCUAUAUAAGCCUACUUUAGUUAUUGUCCUUUUACUUUUUAUAGAUGACAUAAGUGAAUUUACUUAUUUAUUGAGUCUUUUUUUUUUUUUUUUAGGUAAGUACUAGGGAAAUUUCAUAAGUCAUGAGAAUGUUUUUAUAUAUAAAUGUAUCAAAGAAACAGUGAGGCCAAGUACGGUGGCUCAUGCUUGUAAUCCCUGCACUUUGGGAGGCCAAGGUGGGCAGAUCACCUGAGGCCAGGAGUUCAAGACCAGCCUGGCAAACAUGGCACAACCCCAUCUCUACUAAAAAUACAAAAAUUAGCUGUGUGUGGUGACACGCGCCUGAAAUCUCAGCUAUUCGGGAGGCUGCGGCAGGAGAAUUGCUUAAUCCCAGGAGGCAGAGGUUGCAGUGAGCUGAGAUGGCGCCACCGCAUUCCAGCCUGGGUGACAAAGCGAGACUCCUUCUCCAAAAAAAAAAAAAGAAACAUGAGAGUGCUUGCUGCGUAACUGAUGCUCCAUAAUAAGCCAUAAAUAUUACUGCUGGGCUUAGUUGUAACUUCAAAUCAGCCGUUUCUGGUCUUUUUUUUGGUUCCUGCUCCAUUGGAGUAUGUGUGUGUUUUUCUUCAAUUACCAUACUGUUUUAGGUAAUAUAGCUUUUUUAGUAUAUUUCAGUCAGGUAGGGUGAUAUCUUCACCCUUUUUUGUUUUGUUUUGUUCUUUGUUUUUUUGUUUUAAGACGAAGUUUCGCACUUUCUCCCAGGCUGGAGUGCAGUGGCACAAUCGGCUCCGCCUCCUGGGUUCACGCCAUUCUCCUGCCUCAGCCGCCUGAGUAGCUGGGACUACAGGCACCCGACACCACGCCCAGAUAAAUUUUUGUAUUUUUAGUAGAGACGGGGUUUCACCGUGUUAGUGAGGAUGGUUUCAAUCUCCUGACCUCGUGAUCCACCCGCCUUGGCCUCCCAAAGCACACUUUUUUUUUUCUUUAUUGCUUUGGCUACUUUGGGUCUUCUGUGGUACAAUAUAAAUUUUAGAUGUAUGUUUUAAAAUUUAUACCAGUGUGUCACUGGUAUUUUCAUAGAGGUUGCAUUAUGUCUGUAGAUUAUUUUGUGUAAUACAGAUAUUUCACAAUAAUAAUGCUAAUUCAUUUAUAGGUAAUAUUUUUCCGUUUGUGUAUUAUUUAAUUUUGUACUUCAAUAUUGUUUAGAUUAUAAUGCACAGGUUUUUCCACUUUUUGGUUAAAUUUAUUUCAAAGUAUAAUUACUACAGUUAUUGUAGAUUCAAUUUUCUUUUUUUUUGAGAUGGAGUCUCUCUCCUGCUCAGGCUGGAGUGCAGUGGCACAAUUGCACUCUGCCUCAGCCUCCUAAGUAGCUGGGACUACAGGCAUGUGCCACCACAUCCGGCUAAUUUUUGUAUUUUUAGUAGAGACUAGGUUUCACCAUGUUGGUCAGGCUGGUCUCAAACUCCUGACCUCAUGAUCCACCUGUGAAAUUUUGCUAAAUUUCUGAAUUAGAAAAAGAAAACAUUUUUUUCUAAUAAAAUCAUAAAUGUCUUAUGGCCAUAUCCCAAAAAUGAUGAGGCAGAGAGUGUAGGUUAUUUAAGACCGUGCUGCAGGCCGGGCACCGUGGCUCACACCUGUAAUCCCAGCACUUUGGGAGGCCGAGGCGGGCAGAUCACGAGGUCAGGAGUUUGAGACCAGCCUGACCAACAUGGUGAAACCUCAUCUCUACUAAAGAUAACAAAAAUUAGCAGGGUGUGGUGGCACGUGCCUGUAAUCCAGCUACUCAGGAGGCUGAGGCAGAAGAAUCACUUGAACCCGGGAGGCAGAGGUUGCAGUGAGCUGAGAUCAUGCCAUUGCACUCCAGUCUGGUCGACAGAGCAAGAUUCUGUCUCAAAAAAAAAAAAAAAAGCUGCUGCAAAUGCUCAUUCCGUCACAACCAUGCUAGUGAAAAAAGAAAUAAUGGGUUAGAAGGUAAUUUUAGAGUAUAUCUCUUACUCUUUUGCCCUGUAAAAUUUUUGUAUUUAUUACUUGCCAUAUAGAAGCCUGUACUUCAACAAAAGAUGUCAUUAAUUUCAAGUAAAUAUGCUCCCACAUAUAUUCUCCCUAGAAAGGUACUGGUGUAUUUCCAGUCAAGUUGUAGCAUUUCUGGCCUUUUUUGUGCUGCUGUGUUUGUGUGAAAUAAGGCAGGAAGUAAAGUGGAGUCAACCAUGACAUUUCUUGUUUCUAAAGCCACAGCCUCUAAAAUUGAAUGUUAAGUCAACUAGAAAUAAUGACAAUAUUUAAGAAAUAAAAGAAAAUUCUUUAUAUUUUUUAUAGUUUAUAAAAAUUUAUUUUUGAAUUAUAAGUUAAACAACUUGAACAUGCAGAUACCUAAAAGUGUCAUCUAGGUGACAGUAUUAAUAUAUUAAUAGCUUAUAAUUGUGAGUCACAAUUGCCCCAUUGGGUUUACUGAAAAGCAGUUAUUUAUCUUAUAUGUGUGAAUGGAGAAUAGGCUUUUUAUAAUCCUAAGCAUACAGAUCUUUUAAGAUUAGCGCUAUAUUUAGAGCUGAAUAAAAUUUAUAGGCUUGUAAUAACAAAUUUUAAUACUUUUUUCUAAUAGAAGUGAAAAACAAGUCAUUUGUUAAAAUGAGUUUAAGAGAAACUUCACAUGUAUUUAUUAAAUAACAUUUAAACCACAUGGUAAGUUACUGAUCAGUAAUUUCAAUCUAUUUUAUUUUAGUCACUGAAAAAGCAUAACAUUCUUUAAUUAUUCAAUCAGAAACAGUAUUCUUAUUAGUGUUUCUGAAAGCAACUGUAGACCACUCAGUGGAUGACAAGGUUCAUGCAGACAACAAAUUUUCUAUAUAAUAAUAGGCUCAUUUUAACUUUAAAUAUAAACACUCAUUAUUUCAAAAGUAAAAUUAAUGGUUCUUUUAAGUCAUAAGAGGAAUAAUGUUAUAAUUCACUUACUGAAGUGUUUGUCUCAUACUUUGUAAUGAAUGCUUUAAACCAGAAAUUAAGUUCUACAUACUAUCUAUGGAUAAAAAGAAGUGGUUUGUAAAUUUAUCUUUAUUUUUACUAAAUUAAAAAAUUUAAAGCCAAAAUGUUAGGUCAGGAUUUAAAACAAGCAUUGGGUGACAGGGUGUUGGGCAUAAUGGUUAGAUUGAAACUCGGUAUCAGCUGGUUACUGAUUGCAUCCCCAACUUUAGGGUUUUGGUAAAAUUAAAGCAAUUAGUGCAAAUAAAGAUGCCCGAAGAGCACCCAGCAUAUAGCUCUCAUUUGUUGAUUCUGUUAGAUCAUGAUCAAUGUUAAGCCUAAAAACAAGGUGGCCACAUCAGUGGUUUGUAACCCAUGUUUAUUCUAAUCAGUCAGUCUGGGGCUAUAUAUAAUAGUAGUUGAAUGUUUAUAGUACUACCCUUGGAAAAUUCCCAUAUAUUCACACCCAGCAUGGAUAUAAAUACGGAAAGAUUUCCCAUUGAGUACUUCUCUUUAGCACUCCAGUAACACUAGACAAAUAAGCACCUAAAUGCCGAGUGUUUGUCAGUUUUAAAAUUAGAAAAGAAGGCAAGUUGUUUUCUUGUCUACCUGUUUAAUAAAUUUUUUAUUGCCAAGUACAUAUGUUCAUUUGAUACGUUGAAAUGUAGUUUAAAGUAUAUAUUCAAAUAACUAACAAGUGAAGGAAUAAUUUAUUUAGAAACGUAGAAAUAAUGGUACUGUAAGCAGUUAGAGUCUUUUAUAGUAUUGUAUUUUGAACAUUAAAAAUAAACAUUUUAUUCCUGAGUGUUGGGUUUAGACUAUUAUAUUAAAAGUUUACUCACGGCUGGGCACGGUGGCUCAUGCCUGUAAACCCAGCACUUUGGGAGGCCGAGGCAGGUGGAUCACCUGAGGUCAGGAGCUCAAGAACAGCCUGGCCAACAUGGUGAAACCCAGUUUCUACUAAAAUUACAAAAAUUAGCUGGGCAUGAUGGCGGGUGCCUGUAAUCACAGCUACUCGGGAGGCUGAGGCAGGAGAAUCGCUUGAACCUGGGAGGCGGAGGUUGCAGUGAGAGACCAUGCCACUGAACUCUAGCCUGAGUGACAGUGAGACUCCGUCUCAAAAAAAAAAAAAAAAAAGUUUACUUACAUCAUUAAAGGAGCAAGCCAUUUGAAAUAUAUAUAUGCAAAAUAUAUGUAUGUUUUCUAAGAUUUUAAAAUGAACACUUUUCUCAUCAAAUUUCUUAAAGUUUAUUUCUCUUUAAAGUAUGAAUAGUAUUUUUGGCAAAUCAAAGUUGAAUGAAUUUAUGGGGUAAAAUGUGACAUUUGAAUAUAUGUAUGUAAUGUGGAAUGGUUGAGUUGAGUUAAAUAACAUCUAUCAACUAGCUUACCUAUCAUUCUUUGUGGUAAGACAUUUGAAAUUUACUUAGUCAUUUUAAAAUACAAUUACAUUGUGGUUUACUAUAGUCACGCUGCUGUAAAAUAGAUCUCAAAAACUACUUACCUUGUCUAUUUGAAACUUUGUACCCUUCAAUCAAAAACUAAUUUCUUCCCACCACAUCAAGCCUCUGGUAACCAUUAUUUCACUUUCUUUUUUUUUUUGAGUUGAACUUUAUAACUUUAUUAGAUUCUACAUAUAAAUGAGAUUAUGCAGUAUUUGUCUUUCUGUGUCAGGCUUAUUCCAUCUAGCAUAAUGUCUUCAAAUGUAUAUUUCAAAUGACAGGAUUUACCCCUUUCUAAGGCUGAAUAGUACUCCAUUGUGUAUCUGUACCACAUUUUAAGACAUAAUUUAAAUAUCUGUUUAUUGGUUGAAAGACUUGUAUGUUAUAAAAAUAGUUCUGUGUUGCUGGGCGCAGUGGCUCACGCCUAUAAUCCCAGCACUUUGGGAGGCCGAGGUGGGUGGAUCACCUGAGAUCAGGAGGUUGAGACCAGCCUGGCCAACAUGGUGUAACCCUGUCUCUACUAAAAACCCAAAAGUUAGCCGGGCGUGGUGGCACGCGCCUGUAAUCCCAGCUACCCAGGAGGCUGAGGCAGGAGAAUCGCUUGAACUCAGGAGGUGGACGUUGCAGUGAGCUGAGAUCCCGCCACUGCAUUCCAGCCUGGGGAACAGGGCGAGACUCUGUCUCAAAAAAAACAAAAACAAAAAAAAAGAAUAACAAACAAACCCUUCAAACAAAAAAGAAAUAAUUAUUUUAAUACUCAUUUAUAAUACAGAUUAACAAAAAUAGAAUAAUUGGAUACAUUUUCAUUGUUAUAUAUGUGUGUGUGUCAAUCUGUAAAAUGGUACAUGAAGAAAUUAAGCCAGAAAAAAGAUAUUUGUAAUGAAUUAAAUUGGGAAGUAGUUAAUAUUAUUUGCAGAUAUCUUUGUUUACUUAGAUAACAAAAACAACUGAAAGAAUUUGAAAAGUCUAUUCAGAUCCGGGUGCGGUGGCUCACACCUGUAAUCCCAGCAGUUUGGGAGGCCGAGGCGGGUGGAUCACCUGAGGUCAGGAGUUCGAGACCAGCCUGGCCAACGGGGCAAAACCGCCGGGUGUGGUGGUGGGCGCCUGUAAUCCCAGCUACUCAGGAGGCUGACGCAGGAGAAUCGCUUGAACCCGAGAGGUGGAGGUUGCAGUGAGCCAAGAUCACACUACUGCACUCCAACCUGGGUGACAAGAGUGAAACUCCAUCUCAAAAAAAAGAAAAGUCUGUUCAGGUGGAUAAGCAAAAUUCGAAGAUGAUCCCCAGGAUUCCCAGCUGUUGCAUACCUGCGGUGUUAUCUUUUUAGUGUAAAGUGUGACUGGCCGGGCGCGGUGGCUCACGCCUGUAAUCCCAACACUUUGGGAGGCAGAGACAGGUGGAUCACCUGAGGUCAGGAGUUCGAGACCAGCCUGGCCAACACGGUGAAACCCCAUCUCUACUGAAAAUACAAAAUUAGCCAAGCAUGGUGGAAGGCACCUGCAAUCCCAGCUACUCUGGAGGCUGAGGCAGGAGAAUCACUUGAAUCUGUGAGGUGAGUUGAGAUCAUGCCACUGCAUUCCAGCCUGGAACACAGAGUGAGACUCCAUCUCAAAAAAAAAAAAAAAAAAAAGUGAUUUACUGUGGUAGGAAAUUAAUUACUCAUGAAAUUAGGUUAUUUUGACUUUGUGUUUAUCAAAAGGGAGAUUAUCCUGACUGGACUAAACUUAAUUAGAGAUGCUUUUAAGAGAAAAAGACACAUCCUAGAAAAACACCCCUGCUGGCCUGGAAGUAAGUGACUUCUAGAUGGGUCAUGUUGUAAGCUUCUUAUAGUGGUCCCCUGGCAGGAAAUAUGUUUGUAUAUUGUCAUAAUUCCUGCCUCUCACAUGUUGCUUCCAGUAGGGAAGGCAGGAGGAUCCCAAGGAAGAGGGAAAAAAGGGGGUCUCAUUCAUGCAAUAAAUAAUCACCUCUCAUCAGGGAUAGCUGAAGAUAAACAGAGGAGACCACAACAUGACCACAUCAAUGAGAGAAAAAAGGAAACGUGGUCGAAAGAAUUUGCUGGGAUUAUGGAGCAAUAUUUACUAAGUUGUAGUGAAUGAUCAGCUCCUGAGAUACCAAUACAGCACGAAGGCUGAACUCAUUCUGAUUAAAUGAGCAUGUCUGCAUAAUUCUGGUGACCCGGUUUUAUACUAUCCAUUACAGAAAUAACAUGGAGACCAGUGGGUACCCUCCUAAAAUUGAACUUACCGUGAAGAGCAUACCUGAUUCUUUAACAAUUGAAAAACUUUGAAAAAAUAAUUUUAUCGAUUGAUUUAUUUUAUGUAUUUUGAGACAGAGCCUCACUCUGUUGCCCAGGCUGGAGUGCAGUGGUGCAAUCUCAGCUUACUGCAGCCUCCACCUACUAGGCUCAAGCGAUUUUUCUGCUUCAGCCUCCUGAGUAGCUGGGAUUACAGAUGUGCCACAACACCUAGCUAAUUUUUGUAUUUUUAGUAAAGACAGGGUUUCACCAUGUUGGCCAGGCUGGUCUUGAACUCCUGAACUCGUGAUCCACCCGCUUCGGCCUCCCAAAGUGCUGGGAUUACAGACUUGAGCCACUGCACCUGGCCUAAUAAAUUUAUUAAUAAUAAGCAUGCUCAUUUUUGAGGAUUCCACUAUACUGUCAUACAAUAUUGAACAUUAAAUACCUUAAUAUGAAAAUUUAUUUGAGACAGAGUCUUGCUCUGUUGCUCAGGCUAGAGUGCAGUGGUGCAAUCUUGGCUCACUGCAACCUCUGCCUCAGGUUCAAGAGAAUCUCAUGCCUCAGCCUCCUGAGUAGCUGGGAUUAAAGACGUGCAUCAUUAUGCCCAGAUAAUUUUUGUAGUUUUAGUAGAUACGGAGCUUUUCCAUGUCAGCCAGGCUGGUCUCGAACUCCUGACCUCAUGAUCCUACCUCCUCGGCCCCCAAAGUGCUGGGAUUACAGGUGUGAGCUACUGCAUCCAGCAAAUGUAUAUAUUCCUUGAAUGCAUGUAAAGUUAUUUAGAUAGUUCCUCUUAAAUUAACAUAAAAGUAACAAUUUUUGAAAUGGGAUAAAGUUAACUACAUGCUUUCAAUGGCUUGGCAUAAUUGCUGUGCUUUUUGAAAUGGCUAGAUUGCUAACAAGAAGCAAAGACAAUAUUUUGGCUUCACUCAAUUAUUAAGUUCUUGACCUUUUGAAAUCUAAAAUCCUGGCUAAAUAGUUUGAAUGGAAUAUAUUCUAUGUAAAGAAGAAGUAUGGUGGGCAGGAAAAUGCAUUCUAUCACCCCUGUAAUCCCAGCACUUUGGGAGGCCGAGGUGGGCAGAUCACGAGGUUAGGAGUCCAAGACCAGCCUGGCCAACAUAGUGAAACCCUGUCUCUACAAAAAAUUAAAAAAUUAGCUAGGCGUGGUGGCAGGCACCUGUAAUCCCAGCUACUCGGGAGGCUGAGGCAGGAGAAUCGCUUGAACCCGGGAGGCAAAGGUUGCAGUGAGCCGAGAUCGUGCCAUUGCACAGUGCGAGAGUCCGUCUCAACAACAACAACAACAAAAGGAAAAGGAAGAGAAGGAGCAUUCUACGUGCAUUGUGCUUCUCUGAUUUGCUUUAACACUGAAAGAUUGAAGAUCGCAAAUCUAGUCUCUCAAUUUAAAGUAAAUUAACAAAAUAUUUUUCAGCCAGUCAAAUAGUUGUACAGGACUAAUGCUAAUGGGUAACACAUGUCAUUAGCUGCUAAAAAAUAGUGUGAUUAGGUUGAGUAGGUAUCUAGCCAUAUAAAUGACAGUCCAAUUAAAUUAAGAGCCUAAGAGGUGCAUGCAGAAAGCAUCAUGUGCAGUGUGGUUCACCUCCACUCAACAGCACCUUAUUCUGCCUGUUUACAAAUACCAGUUUCCCCUGAGUGACUCAGGGUGAAUACUGGAAAUUGAGAAUGCUGUGGUCAGAGUGAUUACUGGAAGCAUGGUUAACAUAUUCCUUUUAUAUUAUAGAGAAAUUUUAUGAAUCUUACUCUGCAAAGGCUUUUAGUAAAAGAUUAUUUAUAGUACUCAAUUUGAAUUCAUAAAAAAGUCAAUAUUCAAGAUAAGUCAGAGACUCUUAAAUGUCAGCCAUAUUCCAUAAACCAUAUUUGAAUGAGAUCAAGUCUUCUUAGCUAAGAAUUUUAUUUUAUUACUAAAUGUAGAGAAAAAUAGAAAACCAGUACCUUGGGCCAAAUAACGGUGUUUGGCACAGGAGUAUCACCCAAACAAGUGCUCUUUAUCAUUCCCGGGACCAGCUGGCCUGUUUUCCACUAACAUAGAGUGAAGAAGACAUUGAAAUGGUAAAAAAGGUGAUAUAACUUGCAUAUUUAUAUGAAAUACAAUUUUUAAUAAAAAGAAUUUGAUGUACAAAUAUAGGUGAGACUGUUAGGAUAAGGUUAUGUUUUUCUAUUGACAGAAUAAUGUCAUUCACAGUAUUCUUAUUUGAAAUAAUACUCUUUUCUGCUUAUAUUUGGUAGCUUUUGAUCUAUAACCUGAGCGCUAUAGAAAUCAACAAAAUGAUUAUUUUACCACAAGCACUUUAUUCAUGUAUAUGCCUAUUUUGCUUACCCACUUUGCCUAAUAGUAAAAGUGAUGUGUGGGUAAGAUGCAAAUGUGUCUUCUCUGCAUCGUUUUUUUUUUUUUCAUCCAUUCGCUGAAGAAAGGAGAAUGCAGAUAGAAGAUGAAAGAAAAUAUUAUCUGUGAAAGAUCAUGAAGACGUUCUCUUAACCAGAAAAAGAAAACCGACAGGGCAUGGUGAUCUAAGCAGAGAAUAUAUUAUUUUGCUAAGCCUCUGAAAUUUUGGUAUACAACCAUCAUUGCUAUAACAAAUGUGUUAUUUCUUCAGUAUUGAUUCUUCAGUGUAUGAUUCAAUUCCCUGGUUAAUCCAAUUUGAGAGGAGAAUAACUUAUUUGUUAACUUAAGAGAUGUAGACAAGACCUAUUAUUGUUGAUCAACAUCUCCUCCAGCCCCAGGCAAUUAUCAUUCUACUUUCUGCUUCUAUGAAUUUAAACUUUUUUACACUCUACAUAGAAAUGAGAUCAUGUGAUAUACUUUUAUUCUGUGCUGGCUUAUUUUCCUUAGCAUAAUGUUCUCUAGGUUUAUCAAUGUUGUUGCAAAUAACAAGACUUUCUAUUUUAAAGAAAUGGAUAUCAUUCAAUUCGGUAAAUAUACUAUAAUUUAUUCAUUCACUGGUUGAUGGACACUUAGGUUGAUUCUAUACCUUAGCUAUUGUGAGUAAUCCACUUCCUUCUAUUUCAUUUGUUUUUAUACCUCUUUUUUCCUUCCGUAUUUCUAGGAAUAAAACAAUGGACACAUUUAAACAUUUUUUGAAAAUUAAAAAUCCUUAAAAAACAUGGACACUGAAACUAAAAUUAAUUUUAGAUUCUUAGAGAACAUCUCUCAAAUACUUCAAGUUACCUCACUCUGACAGUAGAUACAUUUCUAUAUUGCUAUAUACAGAUUUGGCUGUCCUUUGUGGCCAACUCCAUCAUUUCUAUUUUGUUGUGCAGUAUUUUUAUGCAUUUUACAUUUUAAAAGUUGUAGACCAUGCGAUGUAAUUUUCAAACAACUGACAAGCUUUUUUAAUAUAAAACUUUCUGCAUAAUCAGCAGUCAGUAUAUUUUCACUCUUCAAAGGCAUUUUAACUGCCUGAAAAGCAAGACAGUUCAAGUGAGUGUGCUGAGCUGGUCUUAUCCAGUGUCAGUCUAUUCAAAUUCACACAGGUAAUCUUCUGGUGAAAGAGUGUACUUCAACAGCAUCAUUACAGCAAUGUGAAACAGAUAUAAUAAAAGAUGAAACACUGCCUUCCAGGAAAAAAAAGUUAAUUAUUCUGUGUAUGUGAGUAUGUGAUAUUUGUAAGAUUGAGAAUAAAGACUAAAGUUAGAGACAAAACACUUUACAUUAAUCAUGCAGUGCAGCUUCUAUGUAACCUUGUUUGUCAAACACCCUGAAUGGUUUUGUCAAGUAUUAUGUUGCUGUAUCCAUCACUUAUUAGACUCCGAUGAUCACUUUCUAUUUUAUCCAUUUAAGUAUUCCCUCAACAUCAUCCAGAGUCGUGUUCUUGAUGCUUAAGUGCUCAGACAUAAAACUAUUAAAAUAUUAUUGAUAAAAAGAUGAGGCUUUAUUUAUUUUACUACAGAGCAUUUGUGCCUCUAAGCUUAAGUCCCUUGAACCUUUAAAAACAUGCGUUAGCAGGGCGCGGUGGCUCACACUUGUAAUCCCAGCACUUUGGGAGGCCAAGGCGGGUGAAACACGAGGUCAGGAGUUCGAGACCAGCCUGGCCAUCAUGGUGAAACCCCGUCUCUACUAAAAACACAAAAAUCAGCCAGGCGUGGUGGCGUCUGCCUGUAAUUCCAGCUACUCAGGAGGCUGAGGCAGGAGAAUUGCUUGAACCUGGGAGGCGGAGGUUGCAGUGAGCAGAGAUUACCCCCACUGCACUCCAGCCUGGGCAACAAGAGUGAGUCUCCGUCUCAAAAAAAAAAAAAAAAAAAAAACAAAAAUAAGAACAUGCUUUAGUUUUUUCUUAGUUUUCAAAUCCACCUUUGUCAAAAGUACAUAUAACAAUAAACGAAUGUAAAUUAUUUUGGAAUUGAAUCCAAAUCAUUAAGAUAUUUGAUUAUUUGUGUCAGAAAUUGUUUUAAGAAAUUGAAUAGUGUGAUAAAGCUGAAACUUGUAAAAUAUACAUGCUUUUAUGACAAAUCAUUUUGUGAUCAUUUAAAUUUUCUUUUCUUUUUUGUUUGAAACGGAGUCUCGCUCUGUCGCCCAGGCUGGAGUGCAGUGGCGCAAUCUCGGCUCACUGCAAGCUCCGCCUCCCGGGUUCACGCCAUUCUCCUGCCUCAGCCACCGGAGUAGCUGGGACUACAGGCGCCCACCACCACGCCCAGCUAAUUUUUUCUAUCUUUAGUAGAGACGGGGUUUCACCAUGUUAGCCAGGAUGGUCUCGAUCUCCUGACCUCGUGAUCCGCCCGCCUCGGCCUCCCAAAGUGCUGGGAUUACAGGCCUGAGCCACCGCGCCCUGCCUGAUCAUUUAAAUUUUCAAUUUAGCAUUGUUAUAUAGCAGACUUCAAUAUAAGUUGGCUGUUUGAAAUGUGAAUGUUGACAUAUCAGAGAAUGAAAUGUUUAUAAUAAAAAAUACAAAACAGUGCGAUAGUGUUAAUGGCUGUUGUGAGACCUCAGUUUUUGUCUUCUAAGUUAAAAAACAAAAAAACAUGAGACACACAACAAAGGAGAUGCAGCAUAGGGUAAUUUAUUGCGAAACAAAGACUUUUAAAAGUUAGGUGCAGGCUAGGUGUGGUGGCUCACACCUGUAACCCCAGCACUUUGGGAGGGCGAGGCAGGCAGAUUGCUUGAGGUCAGGAGUUCAGGACCAGCCUGGGUAACAUGGUGAAACACCUCUACUAAAAAAAAAAAAAAAAUUAGCCUGAUGUGGUGGCACACGCCUGUAGUCCCACCUACUCAGGAGGCUGAGGCAGGAGAAUCACUUGAACCCGGGAGGCGGAGGUUGCAGUGAGCUGAGUUCAUGCCACUGCACUCCAGCCUGGGCGACAAAGCAUGACUCCACCUCAAAAAAAAAAAAAAAAAAAAAAAAAGUUAGAUGCAGAAUAGCCAGUACACUCUGAAAGAAAGGGAUUCAAGACAGGCUGUAAGAAUGAGACAGGAAAGAAAGGAACUAGGGAGACUCCACUUACAGGAGCCUUACACAAUUAUUUAUGAGGGGAGAGGUGUUACUAGUAAGCAUGUUCUGGGUGUUCCUCUUGGAGCACAUACACAGUGGCUGUACAUGCUUCUUCAUAUGUCGCAUGUCUCGAUGACAUUCUAAAUCUCUACCCAUGGGCAUGGUGUUUUACUAUUAAUAAUGAGUAACAGGUCAGGUCAGUCUGAGGACAGGUAAAAUAAAAAUGUGCAUGCUCUUUACAGGAAAAUUUUCCUAUUGGAGAGAGCUUUGCUUGAAUGAGCUGGAAUACGAAGCAAAUGCUGGGACUUAUUGUGUUGACAAUAUACAGUCACCGUGCAAUCGCCGUGGUUGCUGCAUCCCAAGGACAUGAUCACUUUCUUGACUACCCAUCCUCCCUCAGUAGUACUUGUGAUUUAUUCCCAAGCACCAACACUGAAACUAUGAUUGAAAAGUUUUGCCAACAUUGUCAACAGUGAGAGAAUUAAAAAUUUUAAAAUCAAACAUAUAUGAGCUUGAUUUGGGUCAUUAGCUGUGUGCCUAGUAGAAAUUAUUUUACAUCCUUGGAGCUUCAGUCUUCAUCAUUAAUAAAAAAUACUAUUUCCCCCAGGGCUGUUUUAAUUCAUACAUGGUAGCUAUAAGUACUUUUUAUUGAAAGUCUUGUCUAAAUAUAGUACAUAUUUAAGAAUAACAAUGCAAUGACAGACUAAAGUUUUCUACAUUGUGAUUUGCUAAUUUUUACAUAUGGCUGUGACUGCUAUUGUUGAAUUUAGGUUGAAUUUUAAACCCACUGUUGUUUAGCUUGUGGGAGUUUUUGGUUCAUGUGGGAAGCCAAAUGAUUAGACGUGGACUGUUUGCGGUAACUUGGCUUCAUUUCUGCUGUUUUUCUGUUCUUACAUCUGAGGCUUUAGAAAUGACUGGCAUUCAAGUAAGAUUGAUUUGGAAUCAAGUAAGGUUGAUUUGGAAUCAAGCAACAGAAAAAUUCCAGAAAAACUGAGAGAAAUAGCUACUAGAUAGUGCCUUUUAGUGAAAUUUAUACAUGAAACAGAGUUCAAUUGAAUUCAUAAAAUCAUUGUAAGUUUGUUAAAUUUUGAAACUAACUGCCUACAACAUAUUAGGCACUUGCCUUAGUCUCUCUAUGGCAUCUUUAGCUUGGGGAAACUGUCAUUACGGAAAAUAAUAUCACCACUGUAAUAAGAUUUGGAACAAAUUUUUGUGUGCUUUUAAACAUUCCCCUUAAUAAUCCUUAGAUGCAUGUCAUUCUUGCUCAAUUAUUUUGGCACAACUGCUACAAUUCCAGAGACUGUUUUUUUACCAAAUUCAAGCCAUGCUGUUUUCAGCUUUUUAUGUUUAUUUCUACCCAGUAAGCUUUAUAGCUGCAAUCAUUAUGUUGGCAUCCCCCAGGCACUCCCUAAGCCUUAGAGCUGACCAUCCUACCUCAUCCUUUUUGUU